AUGGGGUCUAGCAGAAGCUGGAACCAGCAGGGACUCAGAGUUCAAGCAAUGAGUGCCACAGCUCAACGGAAUUUUUCACUGUCGAAAGGCGACAACGAUGAGAAAAAUGAACCUGAUCACCUUCUUGUUCUUGUACACGGUAUCUUGGCCAGUCCUAGCGACUGGCUCUAUGUAGAAGCUGAGAUGAAAAGACGCCUUGGAAGAAGAUUCUUGAUUUAUGCAAGUUCUUCCAAUACCUUCACUAAAACAUUUGGCGGGGUCGAUGGAGCUGGAAAACGACUAGCAGAAGAGGUUAUACAAGUUGUCCAAAAGAGCAAGAGUUUAAAGAAGAUUUCCUUUUUGGCCCACUCCCUCGGUGGCUUAUUUGCCAGACAUGCUGUUGCUGUUCUCUACUCGGCAGCAAUAUCACAAGUCAGUGAUGGUUCUGUCUCUAAAUCAGGGAAUUCGCAUCUUCUGCGAGGUAGGAUUGCUGGACUCGAACCGAUGAAUUUCAUCACCUUGGCAACACCUCAUCUAGGAGUGAGAGGCAGGAAGCAGCUGCCUUUUCUGCUGGGAGUUCCGAUUUUAGAAAAACUUGCUGCACCAAUAGCUCCGUUCUUUGUUGGUCGGACUGGUAGCCAGCUGUUUCUUACUGAUGGUAAAGCUGAUAAACCACCUCUUCUCUUAAGGAUGGCAUCUGAUGGUGAAGAUCUGAAAUUUUUGUCGUCUCUGGGGGCGUUUCGAUGCCGCAUCGUGUAUGCAAACGUAUCUUAUGACCACAUGGUUGGUUGGCGUACAUCUUCCAUAAGGAGAGAAACUGAACUUUUCAAGCCUCCACGCCGGUCUCUGGAUGGAUACAAGCAUGUUGUCGAUGUAGAAUACUGCCCACCUGUUUCAUCAGAUGGAGCCCAUUUCCCUCCAGAAGCUGCUAAAGCCAAGGAAGCUGCACAAAGCUCGCCUAGUCUUCAGAACACACUCGAGUAUCAUGAAAUAGUGGAAGAGGAAAUGAUCCGUGGUCUGCAGACAUUAGGGUGGAAGAAAGUUGAUGUCAGCUUCCACUCCACCUUCUGGCCUUACUUAGCUCAUAACAACAUUCAUGUGAAAAGCGAAAGACUUUACAAAGCAGGAGCUGGAGUUGUUGCGCAUGUUGCAGAUAGCAUAAGACAGCAAGAGUCUUCCACGUUUAUUACCGCCAGCUUAUAAACUGUGUUAAUUUGCGAGAUCGAUGCGGAUCAAGAACGUUCACACUCUUGACCUUUUUUUUUUUUGCCCCAAGCAGAGGAAGUACAAUCCAAUUAAUAUGUACAGUACUUUCUUGUCACUAGCUUGGUGAUUUUUACAACAGUUGAAAGAUGUUAUACAUAAAGGUCACUACAGAUUUUUGUUUCACAGUCAAAUUUACAGAUUUAUUUCAAGCUCUAUAAAUUUGAAUUAAGCUAAUUUGUUUUGGAGAUUUUGAUUCUUUUAUUCAAGAACAAUUGUCC